GCUGGGCUCUCAGUCUUGGCUCUUUGCUUCAUCUUCCUCCUGGGCAUCAAGACUGAGCUCAGCACCUUGGUGCAGUUCACAGAGUGGGACUUGCUGCUGAGCACUGCUAUCUUAGCCACCAGGGAGGGUGUCAUGUACAACCGAUUCCUCAGGGCACUCUACAGCAGGACUGCCUCAGAUGAAGAGCUCAGGCAGGAGACCCUGGUGGUGGAGAACACUCAGCGACCUGAGCUCUCAGUACUUUGGGCCCACCACCAACCUGAGAAUGACAUCAAUGAGUUGCUGGCCUCAGCACAUGCUUUCAGCUGUGCUAAGCAACAUUGGCUCAGUGCACAUAGCAGGGAAGUAGGACUCAGAACCAAGGCUGAGAGGCUCAAUGUGCUUAGCAGCAUAGACCUCUCAGAUGUGGCUGAGCCUGACCUACUUUCUCAGUGGAACAUUGAAGCUGAGGUGGAAUGGCACCUCAGUGAUCUACAGGCUCAGAAUGAAUUCUGA